CUUGUCUAAUCAAUUAUUUUAUUUGACUGACCAUUCCGAGUUCGCUAUCUUUAACAGAAUAUACCAUGCAGCUCCAGCGCUCCACCGUUUCGGCCCGCGUGGCUUCGCGCGGCGCUCUGCGUGUGGCUUGCGUCGCCCGCCCAUCUAAGGCCGUUGUCGCCCAGAAGGUUAAGGAGACUAAGCUGAUGUCCACUGCCGUGCCCAUCGCCACGGUGGCCGCUGCCGGCGGUCUGUCGGAGGCGCUGCACGGCUACCUGGACCCUCAGGCCGCCUACUUCUCCACGCUGGGGCUGCCUGAGGCGCUGGUGCACUGGGGCCACCCCGGCAACAUGGCGGUGGUGCUGUUCGCCAUGGGCGGCUACGGGGCUGCCUACCUGGGCUGGCAGAUCCGCACCUCCACCGAAGGGGAUGUGGUGGCCAAGGCCAAGGACAUGCACCCCAAGCUGGCUGCUGGCAUGUUCUUCUUCUUCGCCGCGGGCGCGCUGGGCGGCAUGAUGAGCCUGAUCAUGCAGGGCAAGCCCAUCCUGGAGAGCCCCCACGCCCUCACCGGUCUGGCCGGCCUGGGUCUGCUGUCCGUGCAGUCGCUGCUGCCCGUGGCCUUCGCCAGCGGCACCGGCGAGGCGCGCACCGCGCACGCCUACUUGGGCUCGGGCAUCCUGGCGCUGUUCUUGGUGCACAUGGCCCUGGGCCUGAACCUGGGCUUCAGCAUCUAAACAAUGUCUGAGGGGAUACCAGCACUGGCACUGGUCUGGUAACUACCGUAUCACUGGCACUAGCACUGGUGGGGGCUAGGAGCCACCUGACUAGCUAGCUGCGAACCCGGCUGCGUGGGGUCGCGUGCUGGCUUGCAGCGCACAAGAUCGCCGGUGCGGAGAGGGAGAGGGAGCGUGAGAGCCGCGUGAAUUGACCAAGAGACGAGCGGAGCGGGCCAUUGCCCGCCUCACCAGCGCACCUUGGCUGGGGAAAUAAUGUGUGCUGCACAUGCAUCGGAGUUUGCUGAGAGCGGAGGAAACACGUGGGCGUGAUUCACGUGUUGGACUUUUGGCGAUCACUGAGAGACAAGAAGAGGGGGUAAGAGGUGCGCGACGCGAGAGAGAGCGACAGAGCGCUGAGAGAAACGGGAAGUGGGGUUCUUCGCUGGGAGUUGCCCCAUGCCUGACCUUUAUGACGUGACAACGUGCCAGCAUAUUGCUGGCGACUGCUGAUUGCACGCAGCCUUA